UGGUGGCGCUGGUGGCACUGGUGGCACUGGUGGCGCUGGUGGCACCGGUGCGCGCAGGGCAGGAGGACAGCCGCGUGCUGCCCUCCUCUGGCUGCCAGGGCCGGGCCAGGCGGAGGAUCCGCUUCCAGAGCAUCACCUGGAUUAUUGUCCCAGUCCACGGGCUGCAGCACGAGUGGGGGCUGUACACACCCGAUGGAGAGGACAGAGCAUGGAGCGAGCCCCUGUGCACCAGCACUGUGCCCUCUCAGCUCCAUGCUCUCCCCUGCCCGGGCACAGGUCGCUGGUGUGCACACCCAGGCGCUGCCAGAUCUGCCGAAUGGCACAUUUGACCUGGACCAGCUGGAGCUGACCAUCCGUGAGGCCCACGGCAGCCGGUACCACCCGCGCCCCGAGCUCAUCUGCCUGGAGAACACGCACAGCUCGGCGGGGGGCCGGGCACUGCCCCUCACCUAUCUCAGGCAGGUCCGUGGGCUCGCUGACCGUUACGGGCUGCGGGUGCACAUGGACGGCGCACGACUGAUGAAUGCAGCAGUGGCCCAGGGUGUGGAGCCAGCUCAGAUUGCCCAGCACUGUGACUCUGUGUCCCUCUGCUUCUCCAAGGGCCUGGGUGCCCCGGCUGGUGCGGUGUUGGCAGGGUGCAGGGAGUUUGUCACCGAGGCCUGGCGUGUGCGGAAGCUGCUGGGCGGGGGCAUGCGGCAGGCGGGAGUGCUGGCGGCUGCUGCCCGCCUCGGGCUGCGGCGCGCGGAGGCGACACUUGGCAGAGACCACACCAAUGCCCAGCGCUUUGCAGAAGGUAUCCAUGUGCUGGACUCUCCCCUCUUGUCCAUCAACCUGGCAGCAGUGGAGACCAACAUCGUGAUGGUAAAUGUCCAGGGGGCCUGGCCGUCCCCCGCUGAGCUCUGUGACCGCCUGCGUGCCGUCAGCGAGGAGGAGGUGGCUGAGACUGGGCAGGCUGUCAGCGUCUUGCUGCUCCCCUGGUCAGCACGGACUGUGCGCGCUGUCUGGCACCGCCACAUCUCGGACCGUGACACCGAGCUCGCAAGGAGAAAGCUGGAAUUUGUGGCCAGGAAGUGCCAGGAGGAACUGGCCUUGGGACUGCAUCCCAUGUCUCCAGGCACUGGGGGAGCCUGAACGUUCUGCCAGCCCCGCAGCUGCAGCAGUUGGGCAGCUCAAAGCAAGGACUGGGACCAGCCCCUUUGUGCUCCAGAUGUGUUCCCAGCCGUCACAUCAGCCCUCACAGGCAGCCUGACAAACCAAUGUGAGCCCAGCCUAGCAGAGACCCCGGCCCUUGAGGCAGUCAGUGCACAAAAUAAACACAUUUUACUGUAGUUAGGUGUCGCCCUGAGAAUUAAGCCUUUUGAUCUUGUUUUCAUAGUUUCUAGCUACUUUCCCAGGAAAGUAACUAUAAACAUAGAUGUUUAUACAUUUCAUUGAAGAAAUGUCUUUUGAUGGUCAUUUCUCACGACCAGUGUGGUUGGGAAGGUGGUAACCUAACUAUGUAAUCUCUGGUCGUUGUCAAGAAUCUAUAAAUAUUGAAACCACAGAAUAAAUUGCACUAUUUUUCCUAUCACACA